AUGGAUCUCGCAGAAGCUUUUAAGAAAUAUGUGAUGAAACUGGAAACCACAUAUGAUGUGGAUACGACUGAUAGAUUCAAAUAUACUUAUACAACAUGGAUAUUAACAUUCUCUGCAUUUGCUGCUUUAGCUUAUGGUGUAUUUGACAAACCAAUGUCAUGUUGGGUUCCUCAACAAUUUCAUGGUUCUUGGAAACAGUAUGUUGAGAAUUAUUGUUAUGUGGAAGGAACUUAUUUUGUUCCAAUGAAUCUGACAAACUUACCUCAUGUUGAUCAGAGGAUGGAAACAAAACUAAAUUAUUACCAGUGGGUACCUUUCAUUCUCUUAACGUUUGCUGUCGUUACCUAUUUGCCCCGACUUCUUUGGAAGCAAAUCCAGUCUUUUCAAGAUGUUAGAAUCUCCACCAUAACUGCCGCCUCGCGUAAGGAUGCCAAAAGCCACUUAUACACAGGUUCCACCUACGAACUAUGUGAUCAGAAUAGAGCAGAUGAAGUUCUGAAUUUGUUCCACAGGUGGAAAGCUGGAAAUUUGUUGACAGCAACUUUAUUAAUCACCAAGUUUGUCUCGAUAAUAGUCAUUAUGGGUCAGACUGUCGCAUUGGACUGGUUUUUAUCAGGAAAAAUUUUCAACUUUUACGGAAUCAGACUCUUUUACGAUAUUCUAGAUGGGAGAGAUUGGCGUACGAGCGGAGUGUUUCCUAGAACGACAUUCUGUGAUGUGCAAGUACGUGAAAUGGCAGCCGUCCAAACAUGGACUGUUCAAUGUGUGUUGAAGGCUAACAUGUAUUACGAGAAGCUAUUUCUUCUCAUUUGGCUAUGGUACUUCAGCCUGACCAUUGUCUCAUUGAUAAACUUUGUCAAAUGGAUAUACUGGUCUCUACCAUACAAUCAAGUAUAUUUCUUACGAGACGUAAUUAAAAUUUUCGACGAAGAUGCCCCAUUGGCAAAAGUUCAAAAGCUGUACCGUCGUUUACAGAGCGAUGGUACAACAGUUGCAAGACUGGUCAAAGAGAAUUCAAAUUUAUAUAAUACAGCCAAGUUCUUGAAGCCGAUAUGGGAUGCAAUGGAAGAUUUCAAAAAUGAUUAA